GGCCUGCGAGGGCGUACUGUCCCUUUAAGGUCUCCAGGCUGGUCUGUGUCGUAUUGAUCCAUCCACCAUUUUCCAACACACAGCGGCGGCAGCACAGCUAAAGGGGGCUCCAGCGGGGCGAGCGGACCAGAGCGAGAGAGCCACCCCCCUCUACCUGGAGAGGAAGCCCGGCACCGGCGGGCAGGCAGCUAUGGCGGCCAACAUGUACCGGGUCGGAGAUUAUGUAUAUUUUGAGAACUCUUCCAGUAACCCGCUGCUGAUCAGGAGGAUAGAGGAGCUGAAUAAGACAGCCAAUGGGAAUGUGGAGGCCAAAGUGGUGUGUUUUUACCGACGCAGGGACAUCUCCAGCACACUCAUCGCCCUGGCAGACAAGCAUGCGAGGGAGCUGGAGGACGAGAUGGAGAAUCCAGAGAUGGCCGACCUCCCCGAGAAGCAGAAACAUCAGCUCAGACACAGAGAGCUGUUUUUGUCCCGCCAGUUGGAGUCUCUACCCGCCACGCACAUCAGGGGGAAAUGCUGCGUGACGCUGCUGAAUGAGACGGAAGCGUUGAAGUCCUACCUGGAUAGAGAGGACGCCUUCUUCUACUCGCUGGUGUACGACCCUCAGCAGAAGACCCUGCUGGCUGACAAGGGGGAGAUCCGAGUGGGGAACAAGUAUCAGGCUGAUAUCACUGACCUCCUGAAUGAAGGCGAGGAGGACGCCAGGGAUCUGGAGAAACUGGAGGAGAAGAUCUGGGAUCCCAGCAGCUCACUGACGGAGAAACAGAUUGAUCAGUUCUUGGUGGUAGCUCGGUCGGUGGGCACGUUCGCCAGAGCCUUGGACUGCAGCAGUUCUGUGCGCCAGCCCAGCCUUCACAUGAGCGCCGCUGCAGCCUCCCGAGACAUCACCUUGUUCCAUGCCAUGGACACACUCCACGCCACGGGCUACGAUGUGACCCGGGCCAUCGCAGCGCUGGUGCCCCAGGGCGGGCCGGUCUUGUGCCGGGACGAAAUGGAGGAGUGGAGCGCCUCGGAGGCCAACCUGUUUGAGGAGGCGCUGGAGAAAUACGGCAAAGACUUCACGGACAUUCAGCAGGAUUUUUUGCCGUGGAAGUCCUUGACCAGUAUCAUUGAGUAUUACUACAUGUGGAAGACCACAGACAGAUAUGUGCAGCAGAAACGAUUAAAAGCAGCCGAGGCGGAAAGCAAGUUAAAGCAGGUCUACAUUCCCAACUACAACAAGCCAAACCCCAACCAGCUGAUUAACAACGCAAAGCCGCCGCUGGUGAACGGAGCCACCGGAGCCCCUGCCCCCGCACCUCCGGGCCAAGGGCAGAACCCAGGACUGGCCAGAGCCUGUGAGAGCUGCUACACCAGCAGUUCGUACCAGUGGUACUCAUGGGGACCUCCCAACAUGCAGUGUCGCCUGUGCGCCACCUGCUGGACAUACUGGAAGAAGUACGGCGGACUAAAGAUGCCGACCCGGCUGGAUGGGGAGAGACCUGGACCAAACCGCAGCAGCAUGAGCCCCCACGGCGUGCCCCUGCGACACAGCGGCAGCCCCAAGUUUGCCGUGAAGACUCGGCAGGCCUUCUACCUGCAGACCACCACGCUGACACGGGUGGCGCGCCGCCUCUGCCAGGACAUCAUCAAGCCCCGCUACCUUGCCAGGCACCCCUACCUCCCCGUCAACACGGCCGCCAUCAAGGCCGAAUGCGCCCUGCGGUUGCCAGACAAAAACCCCAGCAAGCCUUUGCCACUGAAACCUGCAGAACGCAAACCUCUGGAGUCUGUGGUUCGAUACCUAGAAGCACAUCCCCGUCCGGUCAAAGCUGAGCCACCCACCCGUGGAGGUUCCAUCUCCAUGGGCAGCCUGACGCCCAUUAAAUCCACCCCCAUCCUCAACAACGGCUCCCCCACCAUCCUGGGCAAGCGCAGCUACGAGCAGCACAACGGACUCGAUGGCACUAAAUCCAAAGCCUUGACCUGGGACAUCAUGGCCAAACGCAUGAGUGAAAUGGGCCGGGCCUCGGCCGCCAUGCAGGACGAGGUACACGAGCUGGACUGAACUCUCCGCAGGGACGUCCUCCAUUGUCCACCCCCACCCCCGCCCAGCAGAGGGCGCCGUGUGAGCAGAAGGCAUUUCCCGAUGAAAGGUGAACGUUAGCGGAGUGCUGCAGGAAGAAGACGGCUGAUGUCCUCGUUGUCUUCUGGUGGUCCAUGACUUUGUACAGGACUCUUUAUUACUUACACCUCCUCCUCCUCCUCCUCCUCCUCCUCCUCCUUCUUACAAUGGCAAUGUUGUUCUUUUUGCUUUGUCUUUUUAAUCAUUCAGCUUAUUGUUUAGCGAUCAAACGAUGGAGUUUCAUGAGGAAAGCUUGUAUAAAAAUAAAAAAAACAGACCCUGUGGAAAAAGGGUGGAAGGACUGUAACAUAAGCCACUCGCAAACUCGUACGCUAUUUUUGGUUUUUUUCAACAAGUUAUUAUUCCCUCAAGGAGAUGCACUUUUCUUUCCUGACAUGAGUUAACUCCUUGUCCUUUUUUGUCGUCGUCGUCGUUGAAUUUGAAGGCUUUAUUGGGAAUCUUGUGUUUGGUGAGCCGGGCCGUGCUCUUUGGCCGGAGAGGUUUAACUUAUUGAGAAAGACUCGCUGUUUUUUCUACCUUUUUCACGAGUAAUGCAUCUAUGCUUCGAUAAUGUCAUUAAAAAAACAACUCAACAUUCAUUUCUGCCCCUUUAUUUAUUUAUUUAUGUAUUUAUUUAUUUAGCUAGCAUCGUCUUCCACUUAUCCGGGGCCGGGUUGCGGGGGCAGCAUUCCCAGUUGGGAAGUCCAGACUUCCCAACCUCAAGCCGCCUCUUCCAGUUCCACCGGGAGGACACGUCAGCGUUCCCAGGCCAGCAGUGGGAAUGAAAGUCGUACAACUUGAAAAAUUCCGAUGACAUAAUGUUGUGGGAAAAAGUUCUUAGUUUCCCCGGAGAAAUGUCAGGAUGAU